GCUUCUCACGGUCGUUAGGUACCUCCGCGCAGCUCCGUGAGCCGCAUAUCGCGCACGUAUCGUCGUGUACGGCGUCACGUAACUGCGCAAUCGUGCCCGCACGUUACUUCCCGACCCCGGUGGGACCCACGCGCGCGCGCCCGUCUUGACAGUCGGCGUGUUUGGCGGGAAGCGCCUCGAGACGCGUAUUUUCCAUGUUUAUUGACUCGGAGACCGCCCCCACCGCGGCGUGCCGUUGCGGGCCGUGUGCAAUAUAGCGUUUUUCCGACGGGGAUUUCCUCUCGACCCCCGGUGCACGCGUUAUCGCGUCUCCAGUGUGCGCUCCUGGCCAGUGCUCGGUCGUGUGUGGAAUGUGAGACGGGGAAUCGUAGCAAGGAGACAGAGAAAACGUAGGAAAAAAGACUAAUCGGAAAGAGUGAGUGAGUAGUGAGAGACACACACACAGAGUCACGGACAAUCUGGACGUUGGACCACAAAAUUCGCGCGGGACACGUAACACGCUCUCUCGGCCGUCGCUCGGGUAUAUUCACGCGCAAGUGCCGGAGUGCGACGUUGCCGAAUCGCCCGUUCUCCGCAGGCUACGCCGAAGGAAUCGUCGUGUUGCGAGGAGAAAGAGAGAGAGAGAGAAAGAGCGAAGCGGCGGUGUCGGGAGGAGAGAGAAGGAGAGUGUGUAUGUGUGUGACUGCGCGCGCGUGUAUUUCGUCGCGUUUUCACGAGAGGAGCGUCCUCGCGUCGACCUUGACGGAUCGUUCGGCGCGAUGCAGCAGCGGGUUCGCGCGCGAGCUUGAGUCUGUUUUCGCGUUUCUCGCCGCUAUCUCGCUCCGGCCCAUAGUAACCGUGGCCAUACUGCGUUGCCAAGCGUGACUGCUGUUACGACCCCGUACACGCGUUGUCCUGUGAGCUCCGCUCCUCGGCGGUAACCUGAAUAGUGUCACCCGAGCAUCGUCGUCGUCGCCGCUCACCUUCACCGCGGGGAGACGUCGCGUCGGUGGAGCUCGGCGUUGCGACGGCCGAAGCUGACGAAACCAGCAGCAUCAAUAGGCAGCAUCAUCGUCAGCAGCACCAGCGGCGCGGCCAUUAUUCGAAAUUCGGUGGGUCGCGCCACGGCAGGCGACGUUGCCACGUUCCGUCGGCCGCGGUACGUAGCCGCGAUUAUUUCAACGAGCGACGGACGCACGGCAACGGGGACGAGAUUCCCAGAAGGAAUCAUCGUCAUCCCCGCGUCACGGCUGAUGCUGGAAGAAGAAGAAGCGUGCUGUUAUCGCGCGGAGUCGCGCACGAUCGCGUGGUGAAAGAGAGUGAGUGAGAGAGAAAGAAAACGAAGCAACUUCGGGAGAAGGGACAGUCCGCGCUAUUCAUUCCCUAACCUCUUUCUUCUCUCCGAGGGCGAGUGUUUUCGCAUUCCCUCCGCGUUCGUUCCCGCGAAAAGAGCGGCGCGAGAGCGGAACAACGUAGAUAGGAGGACGAGAUCAAGUGAAAGAGAGAGAGGGUGGUGGGAGAGCGGGAGGAGGAGAGCGUUCUUUGCCGUUGUGGAGCGCCGCGGCGGCGAUAGAGCGCGACGAAAUAUGAGCGCACGAGUACUGAACCCGGCGAUGAUGACGGAAAUGAGCAGGAACCUAGGCGGAGGAGGCGGCGGCGGCGGUGGCGGAGGCGCAGGAGGCGGCGGCGGGCGACCAGUGCCGAGCAGGGCCGCGCUCGCCCGCGUACGUCGCGAUCUCUUCGGCCCGGUGGACCACGUAGCGGCCAGGGCGCUCGCCGAGCGCGAACUUCGCGCCCAAUCCCUGCUCGACGCCGAGCGAUGGGGUUUCGACUUUCACCUGGAGAUACCGCGGCCGAACUUGCGCUACGAAUGGGAGCUGGUGACGGCGCAGGAUGUCGUGCCAGAGCCCUACGCUCUCCGCGGCAUGCCCUAUCUGAGGAAACACGCGCCCGGCGCGUCGCGCAAGUCGCGCGCCGAUGACACCGUCGCGACGACCGCCUCAUCGACGACGACGACGGUGGUCGCGACGUCGAUAACGACGACCAGCAGCACCACCAUGAUCACCGCGAGGAUCACCGAGCAGACCGAGACGACGAACGCCACGUCGGCGGCGACGUUGAUGGCGAUCGGUGCGACGGAGAGGACGCCGCCGCAGGAAGCCAGAGUGCCCGAGAUCGGCGACGCCACGACGCCCGGCGAGCUCUUGGACGCGAACGCCAAGAGGAAGAGGUGCCCCAUCGAGCCGACCACACCUGUAUUACCCCUCGCUGCCAGGAAGCAGUCAGCUAUCACAGAUUUCAUGAAGAGUCGUAAGCGCGGCCUGAACGGCACCACGAAGAGCAUGAUAGAACCGCCGGAGAAGAUCGCUCGCAACGCGGGCCAAAUACGCAGCUAAAAACCUUCAGCUUCCUCCUUCCUCCUUCGGCCUCUCGACGUCUUCUUCCACCUCGUCUACGCGCGUGGACGCGACGAAAGAUAGUACCGGAAACGGGACAUCGUACCACUGGGAGGAACGGGGAAAAAGAGGGCGCAGAGACGCUCCGGCAGGAGGCACGAGGUCCUCCUCGUUGGCUGUGCCAUUCACAUAGAUUUAUCCGCCGCGGGCGAAACCGACGGAGAGACGAAUGGAUUGGACGAGUCGGGGGUGGGGGUGGGGGGGGAGACCGAAGUGAGAGAUGGUAGUAGCGCCGUCGUUCUCUAUAUAUCUUCGCUGGUAACGUCGCUUUGUAGUACCGCGAGGAUUGCGAGAGCAAUAGCGAAAGAGAAAAGCCGUGGGACGAAGGAAACGGUAAAAAUCAAGACAGAUACCGUGUCAAAGUAAAAGACGCUCGGUAGAGAGAAGAGAAAGAGAGAGAGAGAGGAGAGAGGAAAAAAAGUACGACAGUGGCUGUCGCUAUUUUUUAUAAUAUACAGCACUAUUUUUCUUUUAGGAUAGACAGAAUAAGUAAAUUUCGGAGAAGAAAAUUAGAUUGUAGAUAGAAUUAUGAUUUGUCCAAAUUAAUUAAUGUAAUAUAUUCUUUGUUUCCACACAACAAUCAUAUAUAAAAAAAAAAGAUUAAACGAUGUCGUUACACAGCAUUUUACGAGAGAUUGAGUGGAAGAGUGAAUAGGUGAAUAAAUGAGUGAGCGAGUGAAAGGACGAACGAAUCAGCGAGCGAGUGAGUGGGUGAAUGAGAGAGAGAGGGAGGGGAGAGAAAAAGAGAGCACGAGGAGCUACGAAAUAUACGCUGUUCAUAGGCUAUUCGUAGGAAUUAGUUAACUAGAUUCUAAGGCAGAGUAUAUCGCAUGUAUUGAUUGGAUCCGACGAAACGAAUCGCUUGAGCUGGUUCAAAAACUGUUGGGAUCGCGGCUAUUGCGUUCCUAUUUCCCCGAGUACUCAGCGACGAGUUCUCCUUGGAGUACCCGUGGAAACCGGUGUCCCAUUGGAAACAGUUCUCGCGGAACAUAUUGCGCUGGUUUCGACGUUCAAUCCUUGAAACACGCGCGAUAUUCUCAGGUAUCUCCCAUCGAAUUAAUAAAUUAGAAUAAAUUUCACGAAACUUUACGGAACUUAAAACUUGAUGGAAUUUUAUCGAAAUCUCAUAUUUUCGAAAUUUUACAUUGCUUUCUUUGAAAUUCACAGAAGAAUCGAACAAUCAGGUACAAUUAGGCGAUAAAAACGCAAAAGGCGUGAUUCCGUGGCUAAAAUGUGACCAGUAUCAAGGAAGAAGGAGAGAGAGCGAGAGAAAGAGAGAGAGAGAGCGAGAGCGAGAAUUUAGCUAUAGUUUGUUACCCGAGUUUAAGCAUUGAUCUCCUGUACGAUUUUAAGAAAGUACAGCCGAUGCCAAAUCACCCCGCGAUUUUUUCUUUACCUGUAAAAAAAAA